AAAACAACCUUGGAAUAACUGCUAUCAGAUACGCUUACGAUAAGAAAAUUACAUAAUAAUUGUAGCCACUAGAAUGAUAUCAAGUUAGAUCAUUGUAUGUGAGAUUGAUAAUUUUUUCUUGACAGUGUACUGUGUUUCUUUUCUUUAAACUAUGCUGAGCGCCGGUUUCUCGUUUUCGCGACUUCUUUCGCAAACAGUUCUGAAAAAAUGCAAGCAUGUAAGUCAGAAAAUGUUUAGCAACAAAUACCUGUUGUUAACAAAUGUAGCUGUUUCAGUGACUUUAUCCGGAACUGGUGAUUUCCUUGAACAAGCUCUGGAGAUGUCAUCAGAAAGUUCAAAGCAGUGGGAUAAAAAAAGGACAUCAUAUAUGGCAACGUCCGGUCUAACAGUUGGUGUUGUAUGUCACUAUUGGUACAUGUUCCUUGAUAGCAAAUUACCAGAAAGAACUAUUAAGGUUGUUGCUAAAAAAGUUGUUGUUGAUCAAUUAGUAUUUUCUCCAAUAUGUAUCAGUGUCUUUUUUGUAACAUUGGGUCUUUUGGAAAGAGCAAGUGUUGAAACGAUAAGGACAGAAAUUGUGAAGAAAGGCUGGCGUUUGUAUGUUGCAGAAUGGUUCAUUUGGCCACCGGCCCAAGUAAUAAAUUUCUAUUGGCUACCAACUCGUUACAGAGUAUUGUACGAUAAUACAAUAUCAUUAGGAUACGACAUUUACACAUCUUAUGUGGUUCAUGAUAACUCAGUAGAAUAAAAUUAUUUUAUCUAUAGUUUUGGUUACCACAUUUUGUUUUCUUACAAAUUGUUUCAUCAAUAAAAAAUCUAUCUUUUGUUGAAUCGCUUGAUAAAAUUGUUUUUAUUUCUUCAA